GGACAGGCAUAAACUAGGACCGCUUUCCAUCAGACAAGAGCAAAACUCGUGGAUUAUCUCGAAGACGAAUUCAUGAAGCUCACCAGAGCAUACAAGAAACGCUUGGAACCCACUUCAAAUUUAAAAAAUCUGUGUUCCUAUCUUGAAGCAACACGAUCUCUCCUUGCCAUGAUCUUGCAAAUUCCGCCUUUCGACCCAUCCACGUCAUUACGCACAACAUUCCUCCUUCGACUGACGAAUGAUGUACUUUCCUGCAUCCCUGGUUAUACACCAACUCUGGAGGAAGUUCCGGAACUUGCAGAUUGGCUAGAUGAUCUUGAUCAAGCUUGGGUCGUCGUCUUGAGAUUGCAAGUUUGGGACCCUUGUGCGGGUGCUGGCGUUGUGGUAGACCUUCCUGCUGAUUCCGAUUUGAAAACAUCGCCGAUGAGUCAGACAGAGAAAACAAGAUUGAAGAGUCUGCUGAUAGGUGGAAUGGAAAUGCUGGAAGAACAGAUGGAGGCUUUGAGUGUUGAUAGUAAUGGGCAAGUUGAAGGAGUACAGCAUGCAGAAACUCUCACGGCGUCCGAAGCAUUCAACGACCUAUUCUCGAGAACGAGUGAAGAACUCGGGAUGGCCGAAGAAAAACCAAGUUCUGCGACUGAGGUGGGGAUCUGUUGUGCCUAAUGGAACCUGUAUUCGUGACAUGGAACAAUGACUGACAAGAUCGGGGGGACCGUCGGAGCAAGAAUACA